UGCCAAAUUACCAAAUAAUUCGGCUCCGGAAGAAACUGAGAAGGAUAAUACGCACAGAAGGAGAAAGAACUCAUUUGCAUUCCACUACAAAUUUCCCCCAGGACAUAUCAUACAUAUGCCAUACAUGUAGAUGCACUAGCGUAGUCGGGAAAACGGAAGCCUAGUUCUAGUUUCAUUUGAUCUAGGAUUUCUGGCACGACACCGACGAUGACCACGUCUGUGUACCUCAUGUCAAACUCGAUGGGAUGGCUGGUCACUAUUCCAGCCGUCGCCAUGGAGAACCUGAUCGCCCUCAUCAUCAUCUCUUCGCGGAAACGCUGGAAGAGUCCCGACGUCCUCCUCUUCUCCAUCACCCUCGGCCACCUCUUGUCUCUGCUCUUACCCCUCCUCCUCUACGCCGUCAUCACCUUCACGAAGACCCCUUGGUCGGAUGGGUCCUGCAAGUUCCUGGUCUGGUGUAUCAUGAGUUUCCGCAUCGUCGGCGCGGUCAACAUCGCUUUCAUAUCACUGGACCGGGUCUGGACACUGAAAUGGCCUAGCUCGUACCGUUCCCAUAAUUCCUCUCGCCAGACAGCCCGCACCGCUGUCUUCAUGUGGCUAUUUGGUGUCGCCAUCGGAACGAUUCCUCUAAUCAGUUGGAGCAACCUAGAGGUCAACCAGACAUGCAGUCUGGUCCUCAAUAUAGCAGGGUAUGGUUACGCCAUGUGUAUUGUCAUUAUUAUUCUCGGAAGCGUCAUUAUCAGUACUGGUUGUAUAUUUACCAUAGUGGUCAAUGUGGCUUAUGUUUGGCCACUGAUGGAAGAAUCUUCAGAUCCCAAAGACACUAUCCCUCAUAUCGUCAUCGAAAGCGAAACGGGUGAGAGAACAUCGGCAGUGGUUGGGUCACGGGAUUCGCAAAACAAGCAGAUCUACUACCUCGUAACGACAGUGGUCGUACUCUAUUUCUGUAUUAGCGGAUUGCCUUUCGUGGUCAUCAACAUCAUUGCCUUCACGGAGGACGUCCCCGCCCAUUGGAUGUCGGUGACCAUCUCCUGGUGUACGAUAGUGUCAGCGUUCCUGCAUCCGCCUCUUCUUGUCCUCCUGUGUAACCGCUACAAGAAGGUCUGUGUGCGGUUCUUCCGCUACGCCGGGGAGAGCUGCGGGUGCAUCACCGUCACACCAACAAGACCUAGAUUGAAUGGAAUCCAAAGACAGGAGACUUUCGACUCCUUGGAUGACUUCUCAUCUGACGAGGACGACAAGCUUCACUUCCCGUCCCCGGAUUGGUCGGACAGAUCGUUCUCUGGGUCAUUCGAUGAGAGCCCCGGUCCAAGUUCCGAAUUUACCGACGAAGUCCCUGCACCAACUACAACGCAUUUUCAAACUGUAACCGUGGUCGAACACUCGCACGUCGUCCAAAACGGAAAACUACCACCGAGGAAAUCUCCAAGAACCCAAUCACCAAGUGCGCAAUAUACGUCCAAAAGCACUUCAAAGACGGCAUCACCGACCGACGCUACAGUGGAGUAUGACAACGCUGCGUUUGUCGUUGAGGAUGAAAGCAGGAAGGGAAAAAGUAAAAGACAACGUAGUCCGAAGCUAACCCCAGAACAGAAGAGGGCGAUCUGGCAGGGCCAUAAGGGUGCCAGGAAAAGGCUUGAAGCUUUAAAGCAGGCCAGUGCCGAACGGGCGUCUUCUUCGCAUUCAUCGAAGGGGAAAAAAUCCCGUAGCAAAACCCGACAUGAAAAGCAUGAGAAGCAUGAAAAGCAUGAAAAAGAUGCUGAUAAGAUUCUUAAAGAUAGUUCACCCGAUAAGAACAAGCAUAAGCGACUUGAAAGGAUCUCAACGAGGCAACAUUCUUUGGAUAGUUUGACGAUUCCUACUAAACGGAGGGCGCCCAUGUUAUCCUCAAGGUCGUGUGAUCAGCCCGAUAAUAUCGUGACUGUGAAAGUUGAUAUUGAAAAUAGCGAUGGCAGAAACAGAGUUGCGGAUUUUGUUCCGGAAGAAAAGGAAAAGUCCUUAAACGUCAAAGCUGCCAAAUCAGAAGCAGGAACCACUCGUGCCAAAAAGAAGCGCAAAAAGACUGAUAGUAAAGUAGAGCGGGCUGGGAAGAAGGAUAACCUCGAUAUCAAACCACAAAAAGAUAUUAAACCACAAAGGGACCCAAAAAUCCCAAAUAGUCCGAAUAGCUCCCCGAGUGCACACGAGAAACGCAAAACAGACGGCAGUACUCUUCAAAGGCCGCGUUUUGAAAUAGCACGUGAAAAUUACAACUCGGAUUUCUCAAGUUUCGGAUCUGGUGAGCUCUACGACAUCCCCGAGGAAUCGCCGGAAGAAAUGUUGGGUGAAAGUUCCGGAUGGAGUCCGUCAACCGUUAGAGCGAUCAGAUCGCAGUAUAAACAUGAGGUAUUGCCCAGAGGGGAUGCCGGUCUAAACCAUGAAAGAAGCCUUGCUCAGAGAAAGCACAAGGACAGGGAGAGACAACGGGCGAGGAGUAAGGCAGAUUACGUGGAGCCUGGCUCUCAAGUCAAAAGUCAGAGACCAUCGAAAGCCUUGCUGAGUAGACAACUCUCACAAGAUCAUUCAACAACUUUGGAAGUGACUUCAAUAGAAAUGACAGAGCUCAAUAGCCUAGGCUCUGCUCUAAAUAACACUUUCGAUCAUUCGCAAGACCACAACAAUGACAUGUCAUUUGACCAACCGAAUGGUGUUAAAGAGACUGCAGUGGAUAAUGACCAAUCAAAGUAUUAUACAUCGGGAAGUCUCCCAGAAACAAGUGGGCUGUCGGAAGACUAUGGAGUUGAAUCAGAACAUUCGAUGCUAGAUGAACCCUCAACACCCACGGGCGAUCACAAUCAGGAUGAUGGAUAUCGUACGGAAGAAGGAGAACAGCGUAGUUUUACACUCCAAACUCAAGGAUGGUCAUCGCUGAACUCUCCUUCAGGAAAUACCCUGAGAGAAAACGAAGUCCCUGCUGAUCACAAAGGACGCUUAGCCAAGAGCAGGUCAGCCGGAGAUCGUCCUUCGGCCAAGGACAUGAGGGAACGGUACAAGAAAUCACGUCUAAGUAUGGCGGCCAUAUUCGAAAGUAUCUGUGAUGAUUCGCAGGAAGUCGUGUAUCUGUGAAAUAAGUGAUCAAGCAAUGUGAGGUAUUAAAUAAUGUAAAUCUCGGUAUAAGAUUGAUCGACAUCAGGAUAUUGAAGGUCUUUCCAUUCCCGAAUAUACUCUAAUAUACUUAAGGACCUUCACAAAGCAGUCAAAAUAUCUAAAGGAUGUCUCAAAGACAGAUUUGAUCAUGCAACAAUGUAUCCACCUGUUCAUAAUCUUGCACUGUUGACAACGUGGUGUCAAAGAACUUACUAAGAAAAGGAUCAGAAACGUUCGUGUGUUUUCGGGUAACCAUGAUGAUUUACAUUGUUCUAUUGGAGACGUUUUAAAUCUGAUCAAAAUAUGAUUUCCGAAAGUCUCCUGAAAUCCAAUAGGGUAAAAGGAAGGCACCGUGCUGAUAAAAUUUGAAGGGGAUAUUUUUUUGUUUAAAUUAUUGAAGGGUAGAUCACAUACCCAAAUAGUCAUCAGUAAAGAUUCUAACCACUGGGAAAAAAUAUUUUUGGUGCUUUUUUCUAUGCGCAUUAAACAAUGUGCUGGAAUGAAAAAUCCUAAGUUAUAAAAGGUAAUAUACAACGCUCUACUUAGAUUGUAUUAUCACAUCAUAAUUGAUCGGUCUAAAAUCCUAGAUAUUCUCUGUUUGUAAAUACUCUGUGAAAAGACGAAAGCUACAUUAUAAGUGCAAGAUAAGUCAAGUGCUGGUUGCUUGAGGAAAAAAAUGUCAUAUAUUAUUCAUGCAGCAUUUAAAUGCGCGCUAAGGUAUUCGACGUGAAAGUUUUCUACUAUGAGCUUACUUUAAUAUAUAAACAAAAUCUUUAAAUUUAUGCAAAAAAACGCACGAUAUUUUCAUUUCAACUACUUAUAUGCAAACGCGAUAUCCAUAUCAAUGUGUAUACUAAAAGCAUGAAUUUGUUCACAAUGUUUUGCUAUCUCCCAAGUUAUAAAAGACGUUCUUUGGACAUAAAUAAAUGUUGUAACGUCAUCGGAACGUUUUGCGAACGCCUUGAGAACGUUAUGUUUUGAAUUUAAAUCUUAUAUAUUAUUAUUUCAUACAUUCCUGUAGAAGCAAGAUGUACUUCGGUAUAACUACUUUUUAUCAAGAUCGUUGUUAUUUCGUUUUCUUUCAAAAAAUUAAAAAGACUCGGGUUAUAAUACAUGUACCUUUUUGUAUGAUGUGUUUGCAUUAAUUCCAAUAGUGUAAGCUCAUGUUUUAUUGUAAAGCCUUAUCGCCCUGAUAGAUGAUGUUUAAUAUACACUUUAGGCUUAUAAUCGGUACCUUGAAGUAUUUUGAGAUUAAAAUUCCCCUCCAUCUGAAAUUUAGAGUUCAUUUCUUUAAUCGAAGAUACUUAGUAAAUAUUGUCAGACGCAGUCAAUCUAGCCUCAAUUAGAAUUACAUUACAAAAGAGAUUUAUUUACAGUCCAUCGUAUGGUUAUUUGAUAAUGUUUUUUUAAUGUACACAUAAUUAUAUAAAAAGAAGGGCACUACAGUGAUCACAAAUUAUGUUGUCAGAUCAGUUAUAGAGUUAAAUUGAACACAAGUUGAGUAAAGUGUUUAUCGUAUUGGAGAAGCGCUAAUCCAUCAUAACAUUACGGGAUAUUAUCGACAAAGGUAUUUUUUGUAUAUGGUAAUGAAAUAGUAUUCUACACACGGCAAAGUCUAGAGCAACAUCGGAAAUGUAUUAAUUAUUGUAAAUAAGUUAAAGAUUUUGUUAAGCUUUCUUCUGAACAAAAAUGAUUUCAACCAAACUUACCCGUUUGGUUGCCUUUCAUAAAAGUUUUCAUGGAUUCUAAAAAAAUUUAUUGUGUCUUGAUGACGAUGAAACGAAUAUCUUUCUCAAAGCCCUGUGAUCAAUUUUAAUUGCACUUCUUAUUUACUACCUGUAGAUAUUGGUGCACAUUGCAUGGUCGGGGACUUGGGGUAUUCUCGUAGGCCUAUCUAAAUCUCAA